AAAUGUUAUAUAGACAGUCCCCUUAUGUUUUGGACUUGAGAGAGCCUUGAAUACAACUCAAUAUUAGUAACGCCUGCAGUGGUUAGCAUGUGUAAGCCUAGAUAUAUACACAAUUGGUACAAGAGUUCAAACAAAUAUUCCAAAUUUCCUACACAGUAAAGAAAACAGGCUUGUCGCCCGUGUGGGUGGCAGUUGGCACUCUAUUAUUGCAAUUCACCGGAUGAGAAAUUCUCCGUACAUAUAUAGUAGCAUUGCAUACACCAUCUCGGCGAGUUGGUCAAUUAAUUCUCAUUGAACAGAUAUAUCAGCAGCCAUGGCAGCGACCUCAGACUCGACGCCGGCUGCUGCUGCUGCUGCUGCUGCUUCUUCUUCUUCUUCUCCACUUCACAUUGUGGUGUUCCCAUGGCUGGCCUUCGGCCACAUGAUCCCCUUCCUCGAGCUCUCCAAGCGGCUGGCCAGCCGCGGCCACGCCGUCACCUUCGUCACCACGCCGAGGAACGCCGCGAGGCUGGGCGCGACCCCGCCGGCGCCGCUGUCGUCGUCCUCCCGCCUCCGCGUCGUGCCGCUCGACCUCCCGGCCGUCGACGGCCUGCCGGAGGGCGCCGAGUCGACGGCCGACGUCCCGCCGGAGAAGGUCGGGCUCCUCAAGAAGGCGUUCGACGGCCUCGCCGCGCCCUUUGCCCGAUUUGUUGCCGAGGCCUGCGCCGCCGGCGAUGGGGAAGCCGUCACCGCCGCCGCCGGGUUCUUGAGGAAGCCCGACUGGAUCAUACCCGACUUCGCGCACAGCUGGAUAUGGCCGAUUGCCGAGGAGCACAAGAUCCCAUAUGCCACGUUUUUGAUCGUUCCGGCGGCCUUGGUGGCCAUCCUCGGCCCAAGAAGAGAGAAUCUGACUCAUCCACGCACCACGGCAGAGGACUACAUGGUCCAGCCACCAUGGAUCCCCUUCCCCUCCAACAUCGCCUACCGGCGGCGCCAUGAGGCGGAGUGGAUGGUAGCCGCCUUCAGAGCCAAUGCCUCCGGCGUGUCUGAUAUGGAUCGCUUCUGGGAGUCAGAGCAACAUCCCAAUUGCCGUCUCAUCAUCUAUCGUACUUGUCCCGAGAUAGAGCCACGGUUGUUCCCGCUCCUCACCAAGCUCUAUACUAAGCCGGCCAUCCCCUCCGGCCUCCUUGUGCCUCCCGCUCUUGACGACAAUGAUAUUGGUGUGUACAAUAGAUCCGACCGGUCCUUCGUGGCAGUGAUGCAAUGGCUUGACAAGCAGCCAAACAAAUCUGUCAUCUAUGUUUCACUCGGGACCGAGGCACCUAUCACAGCAGACCAUAUGCAUGAGCUCGCAUUUGGACUAGAGCUUGCUGGUGUGCGCUUCCUAUGGGCACUCCGUCGUCCGAGUGGCAUCAACUGCCACGACGACAUGCUCCUCCCCAGUGGGUUCGAGACACGUGUUGCUGCACGUGGCUUAGUGUGCACGGAGUGGGUACCGCAGGUGCGCAUGUUAGCGCAUGGUGCAGUAGGUGUAUUCUUAACACAUUGCGGCUGGGGCUCCACCGUGGAGAGCUUCCACUAUGGUCAGCCACUGGUGAUGCUCCCUUUUAUCGCUGACCAGGGCCUAAUUGCUCAGGCGGUGGCGGCAACGGGGGUAGGUGUGGAGGUGGCGAGGAACUACGACGAUGGCUCGUUCUACAGGGAUGAUGUUGCGGCGGCGAUACAAAGGGUCAUGGUGGAGGAGGAGGGGAAGGAAUUGGCACACAAAGCCAUAGAGUUGUGCGGCAUCCUCGGGGAUAGAGUCCAGCAGGAGAUGUACCUUUAUGAGCUUAUCGGCUACUUACAGUGCUACAAAUGAUCAUUGCUCACUAUACUCUCGCGUCUAUCACUCUAUACCAUGAAUGGCCAUGUUCUUGUGCCUACAAUGAACAAAUGUAUUUUCACAUCUUAAUAAAUUUCUAUAGAAAACCAUCAAAAUUAAUGCAUAAUAAAACAGUUCUACUGUCAGAAGUACCCA